AGCAUGGUAGUGUGUGAACAUGGCUUCGUCCUCAGGACCGAGAGCAACUUCAGUCUCGAACCCGCCCGGGUUUGGCGGUUUUCCGUUUGCAGUGACUGGUAAACCGCCUGAGGACAGUCCCGGUAAAGAACAGGAGACCACCGGGGCACCGAAAAAGAAGCCAUGUCGGGCUUGUACGGACUUUAAAUCGUGGAUGCAUGUCCAGAGGAAGCAGGAGACAGUUGCAACACAGGAGGUCCGUGUGGGGGAUUCAGAGCUACAGCAAGAGCCACAGUGUCCACUGGACAGGGAAGAGUUGGGGCGUAACACCUGGUCCUUUCUACAUACCAUGGCAGCAUAUUAUCCUGACCAUCCCUCCCCAACCCAGCAGCAAGAGAUGGGGCAGUUCAUUAACCUCUUCUCCAAGUUUUUCCCCUGUAAUGAAUGUGCGGAAGACCUCCGGGGCAGGUUAAAAAGCAAUCAGCCAGAUGCCAGCAGUCAGCAUGCUCUGUCUCAGUGGCUUUGUCGUCUCCAUAAUGACAUCAACGCCAGACUGGGCAAACCUCAGUUUGACUGCUCACGGGUGGAUGAGAGGUGGAGGGAUGGCUGGAAAGAUGGUUCGUGUGACUGACUGAUAAUGUCUGAGAACUGAGAGACAUGAAGAUUCAGGGCAAAGCCGUCCCAGAUUGGGGACUGGAUGGAAAAAAAAUUAUAUCAGUACGAACCUUUGACAUUUCAGAGAUCAGUGCUACGCCAAACCCAGACCCGUUUCUUUGAGCACCUUCAUCCUGCAAAAAUCAAGUUACAUUUAUAUCUCUCAGACUGAAUAUAUAACUGACAGUAGAUUUAAAAGAUCCACCAUAGAUUAUGGUAUGGUAUUGUGUUUCAUGGGGUAGGUAAAAGGAAAACCUAGUUUAUUUGACCUUUUUUGGGUUUUAAGAUUCUUGGAGAAAGUUUAAUGUUUAUAAGUGAGAAAUGGCCCGAAAUUCCACACCAGAAACAUUCUACCCAGAAAAUCAAAUGGAUAGGAACUUAAUCCUCAUCAUUUUCAAAGACCGUUUUAUAGUUUGCUGCCACUGGUUACUUGCAUCAAAAAGAAUUGCUCAGUCAUUUGAAUGCUGAUUCCUGAAACACACACAAUAUAUUUGCCCUGUUUGUUUUGCCCUCCCCCAUUUGAUAUUCAUGUUUUGUCUAUGAAGCAACAGAAAAAAUACUGUCAGUUACUGAGAAAUUUAGACAAAAAAUGUGGGUUUCACAAGCUGUUUUAAGUUUCACAAAAAUCAUUUUCAACUUAAGAUACAUGGUAUCCAACGAUGUAAAUUAAGGGGAAGAAACUUUUUGGCCAUGCUACAUUCAAUAGAUAAAUAAUCUAAUGUUUUCUCCGAAUCCUUGAACAUGUUUGAUAAAUCAUGUUUGUUUUGUUUUUUUCAUAUAAAGGGGUCUUGUGAAGUUUGUUUCACAUUGUGGUAAUUAGGUGGUUCGAGACGGAGCACUUUUUCUACUUUAAUUCCAUGCUCUUUGUCUUAAGAGGUUUUCAAGCAUAUUGAGUGUCAAAAUCUGCUCAUAUUUCUGUUUCAAUUAUUACCUACUUUGUAUAUGUGUGUUUAUGCGUGUAUGUGAUUUUUGUUGAAUUAAUUUGCUCUGGUUCUCUACUUAUAACCCUCAGAAGAGUUAUAGAAUCAGAUGUUUCUCCUACAGCCAAGGGCAUUUCGUACUAAUGUCUCAGACACACAACCUGAUCGGUCUACUAAUAAAUGUCGUUAUCAGCAUCAUUCAUGAACAUAGCAUUUUUGGGAAAAAGUUAAGGACACACAAAUUGUAUGACAAAUUUAUGUGGUACUAAUUUGCCGAUGCAUCCUAGCCAACAGUUUGCACAUUACAGUUAGUCUUAAAGCUCCAUUUUAAUCAAUCAAAACUUUUUUCAAAUAGCCCGUUU